GCACACCAAAAACGGAAAAUUCCACUAAACCUCACUAAUCCAUUCGCCACACACUGUACUACAUAAUUCCACCCCCUUUCUUUCCAUUCCGCCACACUGUCUGCCGUUCCCUCGAUUCCAACGCUCCACUCCUUUCCCCACCGCUCCUCUCCUUUUUACCCUUCCAACGCUCCUGAAAUCGAGAAACUGCCACCACCAUAACUGAACAGGGACGACUUUACCUAUAAACAAAUGACUUCCGCUUUCCAAACCUCCUACUCACCACUCCCCCACUUCCCGCGCACGUGCCAACGCCCUCCUGUACGACGCCCUUCUGUUUUGUUCUCCUCCUCCCGCACCUGCCAAUCCCCCGCACGCUUCAUGUCCAUACGUGUGAACGCGGCUGCCUCGACCACGUCUGACGGACGUGCGUUGCUGGAUGGGAUAGCGGAGUUUUACGACGAGUCGUCUGGGCUUUGGGAAGACAUGUGGGGUGACCAUAUGCACCAUGGCUUUUAUGACCCUGAUUCGAACGUUUCGGGUUCGGAUCAUCGAUCCGCCCAGAUCCGAAUGAUCGAAGAAUCGCUCCGUCUCGCUGGAAUAUCGGACGACCCAGCAAAACGGCCCAAGACAAUAGUUGACGUUGGGUGUGGGAUAGGAGGCAGCUCUAGAUACCUAGCUAGGAAAUAUGGAGCAACAUGCCGAGGCAUUACUUUGAGCCCUGUUCAAGCUGGAAGGGCCAAUGUUCUUGCUGAAGCUGAAGGGCUAGCAGACAGAGUUUCUUUUCAAGUUGCAGAUGCUUUAAAGCAACCAUUCCCUGAUGGGCAAUUUGAUCUAGUUUGGUCUAUGGAAAGCGGAGAACACAUGCCCGACAAAGCUAAGUUUGUUAAUGAGUUGAUGCGAGUUGCAGCUCCUGGUGGCAAAAUAAUAAUAGUGACAUGGUGCCACAGGGAUCUCCUUCCCUCUGAAGAGUCUUUGCAGCUGUGGGAGAAAAAGCUGCUAAACAGGAUAUGUAAUGCUUAUUAUUUACCAGAGUGGUGUUCGACUGCUGAUUAUGUCAAAUUACUUGAGUCCCUAUCUCUCCAGGAUAUAAAGGCCGCUGAUUGGUCUCAGCAUGUUGCCCCAUUUUGGCCAGCAGUGAUACGCUCAGCAUUGACAUGGAAGGGCUUCACAUCGCUGCUGCGUAGUGGAUUAAAAGCCAUAAAAGGAGCUUUGGUGAUGCCAGUGAUGAUUGAAGGAUACCAGAAAGGCGUGAUCAAAUUUGCUGUCAUUACCUGCCAAAAACCAGAGUAAAUCACCAUGCUAACCAAAGGUUUGGAGUGUAUUGAUACUGCUGCGCUCAAUCUUGGUAGAUGGUGGAGGAGAAACAUCCAUUAUUUUACUGCCUUCAUAUUUCAACUUUAGGUCAGAGUAAGGGUGUCUGUCACCCUGUUUACAUUACAAGUUUACAAAAUAAAGGGAGGCUGCAGUUUCCUCUCAUUUCUGGAACUGUUGAUUGCUCUUAGAAUAGAAACAAUCAACCGAUAAAAUGUAUGCUGAAUUGUAAAAUUUUCAUCAUUAAUAAAUCUUGAUUCAGGCUUUUAUUUUCAA